AUGGCGGAUAGACAAAUGGAUCAACUACAAUACCUCUCCCAAGGUCUCGGUUCCGCAUUCGAAUACAAUCCGAUGAUGUAUCCCAAUCCCCCGCGGGGAGGUGGUUUUGUUCAAGGUGGCAAGAAUGGCGCAGGGUCUGUAGGGGAAAUAGAUCCUGCUCAGCUCAACGCACGGCUUCAAGCUCUCCGACUUCAAGCACAAGCUUCUGCAGAAUCGCUUCAACAAUCUCAACCUUCCGAUCCCUCACCCACCUUACCUGACAAACAUCAUCCCACAGGUUACCAACCGAUCCACGAGUUACUGCAACCUCUUGAAUACCCAUACAACAAAUACCCUUCUGUGACCUCUCUAGGACCGGACGAUAGCGUCUCCAGAUUUCAGAAGAUGUAUAGACCUUCUCGGAAACCUGUCCCAGAAUCAUCUGGACAGUCUCUAUCAGGUCGAAGGGGAGGUACGAAUAUCGAUAGAGGAGAUGAAGGGGUGGAUUACGAGCCUGCGGAGCAUGAUCAUCUGGAUAGAGGAGAGACGGGAAGUUAUGGAAGUCAUGGUGGUGUGACUAGGGAUUCACCUGGACCUGACGCUUUGGAGUUUGAUCAAAUUACUUUGAAUCCCACCAGCGUAUGGACAAGUGGGACAUUAGCGGGAAACAUGUACACAAUGCGAGAUCGCCUUAUCCAAACUGCUGAAGAGCGAGAACAAGCCAAGCACUCCGAACUGCAUCGUCAACUAGAUGAAACGGCCAAACUUGCCGGUGCUCUGGCCAAACUCGAAACGGCCGAACAGCAAUUGCGUGGGUUACAGGCUACCCUCAUCGCUGAACGAGUUGCUAGAUCUCAAAUCGAGCAAGAGGCAGAGACUAGUAUGAAUCACAUGCACGAUUGUAGUCGGGAAUUAGGGGCUGCCGUUCGAGCACUCAGGAGGGCGAAAGAGGAGGGAAAGAGGACAGAUGAGGAGAGAAGAAGAAUGCAAAGAGCGUUCGAUGAAACGGUGAAUAGACUUCACAUAUAUCAUGAAGCUCUCGAAGUGCGUAAAGCUUCUGAGAAAGGUAGAGAAGAAGGAAGAAGCGCCGCUUUGGCCGAAAUCGCACAGUGGUUAUCCUCAGAACCACCAAUUCCUGGCAUGGCUCCACUACAGUCCAUUCCUCCUGCUGUGUUGCACCAAACGCCGAUGAUGCAGCCUGCACAACAACUCUACCCCCAAGUCCAAGUUCAUCAUAUGUACCAGCCACAACAGGUACAACCGCAAUCUUACCAAUCUCCACCAAUGCAAGACACUCAACCUCAACAAGCACCGAUGCAGAUACCAAUGACCAGUCCGCCUCAACAAAAUCAGAGCUAUGCGCCUCAUCCAAUCUCACCGACGUCACAGCUGCCUCAACAGAGCUUCGAACAGAUGUUCCAUGCCCAACAAGUCCAACAGGCAUUACACUCUCAGCAAGCUCAGCAGGCUGAACAACUUCAACAGUCGCAAUCACCGCAACAAGUACGACAGGGCUCACAAACCCCACAACCGAUGACGUCUCAACAAAAAGGUCCCACACCACCGCCUAUGAUUUCCCAGCAGACCGGUCAGACACAAAUGCCAAUGAUGCCACAACAUACCGCUCAAACUCAACAGGAUCGUGUACCAAUGACAAAUCAACACACGGGACAAGCCCAGAUGCCGACGACGCAGCAACAAUUCGGUCAGAUUCCUCCUCCCCAGAUGGCUUCACCGACCGGUCAGCCUCAAAUGACGCAGAAUGGUCAUCCCCAGAUGGCACAGUUGAAUGGUCAAGCUCAAAUGCCGCAAUUCGUCAACGGAAUGAUGCCCCUCAACCAACAGGCUCAGACUCAGCAACACCCCCAGAUGUUAGCAGUCCCAAUGGCUAUCGAGCUCGUUCCAGCCGUACAAACCUUCCAACCGGUUAUGAUGUCCACUAACCCGGCUAUGAUUCCUCUUCCCAUGACGACCCAAACUACCUACACAGCACUUCCUCAACCCUCUCGACCUCCCACUGUCGGUCAUCGAACACCACAUCAACCUCCUCUCCAGAUGCCUCAGGCUCAGUCGACAUAUACCACUCCUGUACGUACACAACCACCCGCUUCAGUACGAAGUAAAUCCCAACGUGCACCACCGGCAGUAGCUUCAAACACUCUCUCCGUUCCCCGCGUGGAGUCGGUUUCUCGACCAGGAGCGGCUGAAUCUUACUUAGAGAAAAUGGAACAGGAUUCAAUGGUACAGUCCCUCUUACGAAAUGCACCCUCAAGGACAAUUCAUACGGAUAGAUUCCCUUCUGACGAUUCGGACCAUUUCAGAAGUAGCAGUGAAAAACCUUUACCUGAUCCUAUGGCUAGAGUUCCUCCUCCUCCGUCAAAUCGACACGCACCUUCCGUCACUCCCGGUAGAGGUCCAGGUAAAUCGAAGGCUCCCUCAGUCAAUAGUCGAGUGCCAGGGAGGAGAUACAGUUUGAUAGAAGGUUUACAUGCCCAUGCGCACAGUCAACCUCAGACGGUAGAUGGUGAUAGAUAUCCAAUGUUCGCAAAAGGUGCAGGGACAAGUGUGGGACCUUCUAGACAUCCUUCGGCUGAAUCAUUAGAUCCUGUCAAUGUACCUCUUCCUGCGUCCGCGAUGCAAACUCCUGCAACACAAUAUAGGAACGACUAUCAUACCGGUCCCAAUCAUCGAAAUCACGGACCACCAUCUCAUGUCCCCUCACAAUCGGGUCACUCAAGAACCCGUUCUAGAGUUGCAGGUGCAUUGAGGAGUGAUGAAGAAUUAGGACCGGAAAUGAUGAGUCCGCCAGAGAGUCAAGUGCCUCAAUCGCAAUACACCCAUCAUACGCAACAAACUCAGCAGAAUCAACAGUUCCAGCAGAACCAGCAUGGGCAGCCGUUCCCUCACCAUCCGCAAGGUCAGAUGCAAAGGAAUACUAUGCAUCCUCAAGGAAGAAGAAAUUAUGCUCCUUCCAUGCCACCGUCCCGACCUAGACCUCAGGUUGUUCUGCCCCAACGACUCGGUGCUCCUGGUGGGAAAGCAGCCUCCGACCACCCACACGCCGGAUAUCGUCGACCAGACUUAGGAGCGAUGUACGGUCGUGAUCUCGCUGCGAGACUCACUGACCAGCUUCCUGAGCCUAAAAAUGCGUAUGAAGUGCCAAACUCUCAUCCGAUGUAUGUACCUCCUGGUAUGGCUCCGGCGGCGGUGGGAGGAGGUGUGGAGGAUGUUCAAGGACCUAGACAUAGUGCGUUAGGAUUGGAAGGAAUAGAGAGUCGGGCUCAAAGUGUCAAAGCUCCUACUAUCAACAUUCAACCUCCCUCAAACUCCGUUUCACAAUUAGCCACAGCACGUACGGCUCCUAUGUCUUUACCUUCCAAACCACAUGAUCAAUCCCGAGCUCCGACCGAAAGGUCUCAAAAUCAAGGAGGGGCUGCUCAAUCUUACUUUUCACAAAACGUUCAACCGCACGAAAUACCACUUCCAAUUUCUAGAGCACCCACACAACCUUCCAGACCAGGUACCUCUCAAGAACAAUUCAGAUCAAUUUCAAAACCACCUACUUCUCAAGGGAAUUUUCAAAAUGGGAUGAGACAAUUACAACCACAUGAAUAUCCCUUACCACCAUCAAAAGCACCAACACAAGCGGCUUCUCGUCCUCCUACCUCUCAAGGGAAUCAUGGUAGAAGAUUCGAACCACAUGAAGUACCUUUACCUCGAAGUAGAGCUGCAACGAAUUAUACAGGGGUUUCACCACCUGAAUCUGGGGUAUCUCCUGAGGAAGCCAGAGGGAUGAGUAUGGGUGGGAAUACUUUAGAUCAUGCUGUUGGAAAACCUUUACCGGAUAGUAGACCGACUACUUAUUUUGGGACGGGAGUUAUGGAUUUAGUUAGUCCAACCGGUACUGCGAAAUCAAAAGGCAAUAUCAGAAGGAAACCUGUUCCUGAACCUUUCUCCAGAGCGUCUUCGAGAGCUGCUACACGUGCUCGGCAAUCGACCCACGCGCCGACAUUAGCGACGAUAGAAGAUAUGACAGAAGAAUCCGGUGCUGAGGGACGGUCUCGUGUUUCACGUGUUCAAUAA